AUGGAGGAAGACGAGGCACCGCUUAGCACUCGGCUCCCCCCAAUCUCCAAAACCAUACUCCAGACGUCCCCAGCCUUUUCACCGCGCCGACCAGCCAUAGGCUCCCUCCACGAUGUGCUACGCCGAGACAAUUCCACCGAAUGGCUUGUAUCCCCUGAAUAUUGGACCGAUAAACACAGUCAAGUCCUCGGCGCGGACUUUGAAGAGCUGCCGCCCUUCAACGUACCGGUUCCCCAGUACAUCCCCGGUGCUUAUCCAUCAAGAGGCGAUUCGUGCCGUUCCAGUACCGUCAAGUUGCUAGAUGGUUUGCUGUCUGAUAGUCUGCCGAACGGUUCGGAGUCUGGGGAUGAAAAAGCAAUCGGGUCCAUAGUGGCAAUACUGUGGCCGUACGCCUUGCCUGGGUUCUAUCAUGGCCUAAUGCUACCGAUUUUCUUGGGCGACUGCUAUCACCCAGAAGCUGUGCUGCUGCCAAUGGCGUGGCCUUGUCCGCCUGAAAGCUCACUCCCCUCGGAUUUUGCUCCGUCUCCGGGGCCAGAUGGGCACCCAAUGCGGGCUAUGUGUUACAUCACAAAGGACAGACUCGCCGCGAUGCGCCGCGAACUCAUCUUUCCAGAGGCAUACGACGAGGCAUACGACCCAAUCACGUCACGGGUGUACCGACUCAAAGCCAAGGCCAGAAUGCCGGCCAACUCCAACCAUGACCCUUAUCUGGUGGCCAUGUUCCUGGCUAUGGCACAGGAUCACUUUCACCAGGUCCCUCCAUCGGCGCAUCGCCGGCGCCAGCGGUCUGGCAUACCGUCAGCGGGUCCAGCCUUCAAGGAUCUCAAGCUCAGAAUCCUCCUCCAUGACACCCAAACGAGAGAGCUCAUCGUUCACACGGGGCACAUCACGUCAAACUUCCUGGAAUAUUUCUACGACCCCCACAACGUUCCCACGUCUACACAGGGCCAAGGUGACGCACUGGGAAUGAAAAUCCAGUACACCAGAGUUCCUAUGUGGCCGGUAAUUGGCCUGAAAGAACGACUUGGCAUGGCCCUCGGCGAGGAUCUCGUAGGACAGUUUGAUCCGUUGGAAGUUGAGACAUGGGAUCAGGAGAAUGAAAAACACCACGCUAUGUUAGUAGAAAGAUUCGACAAGGAGGGCGUGGCGACGGAACCUCCCGAAGAGUCUUGCGACGAAGAGUCUUUCGACGGAGAGUGUUCACCACCGAAAGCGAAGAGACAAAAACUUCAAGAGAGCGAUGGCCAGUCGUAG